UGGAAGAAAGUUCUAGAUCCCUAUCAACUUCUUCCACCUAAACAUUUGUACCAUGGAUAUUUUUUCAGCUUCCACACGUUCUUUCACAAACCGCCUCAUUACAUCGACAGUUAUCUGCCCUUGUGUGUGCGCGCGCGCGCGCGUAUAUAUGUAUCUGCCGCCUUUCACCAUAGUUAGACCUUUACCCACGCAAUUGUAGUCGGAGAAAUAUCGUUGUUUAGCUUGGUCGUAAACAAGAAACUAAUUCUGUGAACUGGGCAUUUUUGUUAAUUUUGCAUCAGAGAUGGAAUCUAGUAGAGGGCCACCUUCGUAUUACAGCAUUCUUGGGGUAAAUGCAGAGUCUUCCGAUGAAGAAAUACGACGUGCUUAUCGUAAGCUUGCUAUGCAAUGGCAUCCAGAUAAAUGGACUAAAAAUCCUACACAGCUUGGCGAGGCUAAGCAGAAAUUUCAACAAAUUCAAGAGGCCUAUUUAGUGUUAUCAGAUCAUAGCAAGAGGACAAUGUAUAAUGCAGGAGCAUAUGAUCUUGAUGAAGACAAUGAGGAAAUCGAAGGAUUUGCUGAUUUUCUUGAAGAAAUGAUGUCUUUUAUGGAUGAUGUGAGGAAAGAGGGUCAUAAAAAAAAGUAUUCGAGACAUUGGCCUCUUGAUUGAUGGAUCAAUGUUUCUGUUUGCUGGGUAAGACAUACAGCGUUGAGGAGCUCUGAAGUACGUUUUGGGAGAUGGCUAGAGGAUUUGAGAUUCCUCAAUGGACAAGUUCUCCUCAGAAAUCCAUGUACGAGUGGCAAUGGUGUUCUGGGCACGAUCUUUGUAGUUCAGGAACUGCACUGGGAAAUUCAUGGGAAGCAAGCCUUCUUGGGUCUCCCUUCAAAAUGCAUGCAGCAAAUAGGUUUUUCCAAUGAGAAAUAAGAGAGAAGUCUCCGAAUUACCAAGUGCCCUUCUGGAGGAAGAAUAUUGUUUAUUCUUAGGCACGGCCUAAUGUAACCUCGUAGACAGAAGAAUGUAGCCAUUUCUCACAAUGAGGGUUAUGAGAGAGCUGUUGAUGUAGUUUUUUUAAUAUAAAUAUUCAUGCUAGUGAUGAAAUGUAACUCAUGGGCAGUGUUCGUUUAGUUGUUAUACCAUUUUUUGAAGCAAUUUUGCAUCAGUGCAUGGUGAAUAGAAUGAACAUUAGCCUUGGCAUGAGCUGUUGAUGUAGUUUUUUUAAUAUAAAUAUUCAUGCUAGUGAUGAAAUGUAACUCAUGGGCAGUGUUCGUUUA